AUGAACAUCUUUCUAUACUUUCCGGUGUAUUUACUGGGAAAGCCUAUUUCUGACGCGUCUUCAUUGAAAUUACGAAGCAGCUGGCCACACUCUACGAACAUGAGGUUACCCAUCUCUUUCCUCGCUUAUGUAAUAUCUGAACUCAAUAAUUGUGGUGAUGGAAAGAA